GCGGCCGCCAGGCGGCACCGCGCCAGCACUGCCGCCCAGGCCUCACGUCUGACACGAACAGCGCGCGCCGCCACGAACCGGGCCGGCCCCCCAGCCAAUGGGCGCCGCGCUACAAGUGACCACGCCCACCGCCCCUCGCACGUAAAGGGAGUCUCUGGCCCGGCCUCGCCGGCUGCUGGCUUCUGAUUGGCUGGGGCGAGCAGUGGCCGCAGCAGGCGAAGCCGGUGUUCUCGCACUCGGGUGGCGGCCAGAAACCGGCAGGACUGGAAGGGACCCCGCGUCUCGGUUCAAAAGGUUCUCGGUGCUCCUGGAAUGUGCUAGAAGGUCUUCUCUGCACAGUAUAACUUGAAAGGGCUUCUUAAGAUACAAAUCCUAGUGUUGUGCCCCUGGCCGUUUGAAUCACAAUCUCAGAGAAGCCAUUUUGCACAAGCUGACAGGUUGCCAUGCCUUUGGAAAAGUGUGUCAGUAGUUAUGCCUGGCCUUACAGAAUAAUGUGCUCAGCAAACUAAGUUUGAAUAUCUGGUUAUUGCUGACUUAAAAAUAAAAAUAUGUUCUACUUUCUGACAGAUAUAGGAAGACUCUUCAAGAAAUCACAAUGUCAACCAACACAGACCUUUCUCUCUCUUCAUACGAUGAAGGUCAGGGGUCUAAGUUUAUUCGGAAAGCUAAGGAGACACCGUUUGUCCCCAUUGGAAUGGCGGGCUUUGCAGCGAUUGUUGCCUAUGGGUUGUACAAGCUGAAGAGCAGAGGAAAUACAAAGAUGUCCAUUCACUUGAUCCACAUGCGUGUAGCAGCCCAGGGCUUUGUUGUGGGGGCCAUGACUCUUGGUAUGGGCUACUCCAUGUAUCAGGAAUUCUGGGCCAACCCUAAGCCUAAGCCUUAGAAGAGCUGGUGGCAUGGGAAGUGCUUGCUUUAGUUAGACGUCUCAUAUUGAGGUUACGUGUUUGUAUCUACAAUAAAUAACAUGUGGGUUUAGACAAAACACGGUAUUGAAUAUUGGUUUACUUUCUUGCCAGCUUGAUUUGCCAAAUUGUUAGUGACUGAUUCGCUAACUAGGUCACUCAUGGGGGUUAAGGUAACACAGAAGAAAUCUGUCACCUGAAAGUAGUUGGGUACAGUGUUUUCCUCACACCCUUGUGAUGAAAGUCAUUGUAAGAAGGGCAGCUGACAAUGCAGAUACACACACAAUAUGUGCAGACUAGGCCAUGCUUUGGGAGGGUGUCAGGAAAGAAUCCUGUUUGCUCUGGUUCGUUUAUUUUGUCUGCUUGUGGGCUGACUUCAGAACUUCAGGUUUUAAGGUUUGUUGGCUUCUGAAAACACUUUCCAAAGAGUCCACAAAAUAUAACUAGCUUAUAAAUCCCCUAUAACUAAGUAGGAGGGAGAGAGAGAAAGAGAUUGUGUGUGUGUGUGUGUGUGCGUGUGUGCAUGCGUGCGUGCGUGCACGUACAGCAACUUGGAAAGCUGAUAAGAGCUGCAGAAAGGCAGUGUUUAUUAAAAUCACACUUAGAAACUGGUUGUGGGUUCUGGUUAAGCUCUUUUAUAAUUGCAAAGUUCUAUUUUUGCUGCUUGGUAGUAGGAUAAUUCUUAAACAUCUUAAACUAUAGGUUUUUGUUUCUUUUUUGUGGUACUAGGCAUUACGUGCAGGGUCUCACAUAGGCCAAGCAAGUGCUGUACCAUGGAGUUGAACCCCGGCAGCAGUAGGUACUGUAUGUUGUAACACAAGGAUAAAGGAAAUACAUGGCCUAGUACAGGCAGUGUGUCUACUUCGUAAGAGCCGUGUCUAUCCAGGUACCAAAAGUGAGAGGUCAGCAGUGGGUGGGCUGGUGUUUUGAGACAUUACACACAUACUUGGACAUACAGAAUGUUAAGUGCACUUUGAAAUCCAUGUCCAACCCAAACUAAUAUUCCAUAGAGACAAGGUGUCAUAUGUAUUGUUAUUAAAAUAACUCUGAACAUAUCA